AUGGCCUUCAUGACUGUCUACCAAGGCAAUGACGGUCCCCCUGGUCAUCCUCGCUACCCUCUUACUGCGCCUUACUCCUGGCGGGCCUGGGCUGAACCAGUCCACCGAAAUAUGGGCAUUCGUCGAAUGAUGAACAUCGUCUUCACCGACCCCCAGAUGGCUAUCUUAAGGUUGACCCGUCCAAUCGUUCCUUCGACGGACGCUGAGAUGCCGUUCCUCAUUCCUCGUCGCCUUCGUGACAACACUUUACGAGGCUGGCGACUCAUUUCUCCUCCAGCGUUGCCUAUGGAUUGGGCCACUUGGAGGGCAGAUCCUCACUAUCAACACUGGCACAUCUAUAUCGAUGUGGCCGUUUCUUUUGAAGAGGCCUUGGCCAAGUACAGGCGGGAGCGAGCUGCAUGGCUCGCUGACCACACUUCGCCUCCUCCUGGUACCCCUGUUAUUCGUCAUCCUCACCCUCAACUUCCUCGUCUUACUGUUCGUCCUCGCAAUUUUCCGCCUGGCGUUGUUCUACCGCCCACUGCUCUCCUUCGAGGAGAGGGACGCGACUCUGCGCCUGCUUCCCUCUCGCCCUCUGGUACUUCGAGUCUGGAACGUCAAGUCUUUGGUACCAGCGCGUCGGUCUCCCAGGCGGCUCCUGCUUCUUCGGUGCCUCCUGUGUCUACUCUGGACGAUCGUCGUUCCGUGUCGUCCUCUGUAGUCGCGUCGGGUACGGGUCUUGACGACGGGGACGCUGUCGACGAACUCGACCCUUCGCCUAGCGGCGAAGACGUGCAUCAAGAGGCUCCUCGAACCCCUCGUCGAUCUCGCUCCCUUCAGGUGUCUCCUAAGACGCCCAAGACGCCCGGCAUCCCUCCUAUCCCUGCGACUCCUUCCUCUGCGAGGAAAAUCGUUCCUAUUCCUGGUCAACCCGCCGUCUACGGUCCUUCCUCUUUCCCUCGUGCUCCUAAAGGUCCUCAAGCAAGUACGCGCUAUACCGGCACUGGCCCGCGCAACCUUGAGUCGAUCGAUGGAGAGCUUUUCCAUCCCCCUUCCGUUGGUUUCAACCCGAUCGUCCGCCGGGAUGGCGUUGACGAUCCUACGGGUUUCCUGUCCCAAGGGAGGGACACCACUCCUCUCGAGCUUCAGUUCUCACAGAGGACUGGCUCCCUCCUUAAGGGCUCCCCUUCCUCUUCGUCUUCCUCUUCUUCGUCUAACUCUGAAGGAGGCUCGUCGGAUGCUAGAGACGAUGCGUCUCGCUCCUCGAGCAACCCCUUCGUCGGGUCCCUUCGUCGCAACAUGCCUACUGCGCAACGUCAGACUACCGACCUCCGCAACAUCCUUUACCAGAACCUCACAGGUAUCAUGGGUUCCCGGCGGUUGUUGUCCGACCAUGCCUUGGUUGUGGGCCCCUGCGCUAGGUGUGCCUUCUUAGGCAUCCCUAGGUGUGAGUACCGUGGUCCUGGUCUUAGCUGCGGCAACUGCGGUCGAGCGGACAAGCCAUGUCCGUUUUCGUUGAACAUCGACGCUCGUCGCGGCCUUCGCAACCAGCUGGCGGGUGCAGCUGAGGGAUCUUCUCAUUACAUUGACCACUGUCAUUCGCUCAAUCAGUACCUCACCCACUCCCUCCACCUUUACGAGCUUCACGCUCGUCUUCUCUCGGCCAUCUAUCGUUUGGAAACGUCUGAGGGACCCGAGGCCAUCGUCGUCGAGUUUUUCAACAACGACUUCGAUGCGUACCUCGAGUUUCGCUCAAUGUUUACCUUCGAUAAUUUCCUCGUGGGCGCCGACGGUAGCACCGUCAACAAGGCCGAGCUUGUCCAGCGUAUGGACGAGCUCUUCACCCGUUCGCGUCGGGCCUCCGGCGUACCCAUCCCUGACGACGAACUCCUGCCUACCGUCGCCAACCCUCCUCACGCUCCUUACGUCUUUGGUUCGUUCAUUGCGCAGGAGUUCCCGAUGGCCAAGGACGGCCGUCUCUGGUCCCCGUCGCAACUCGAUCGUCCUCUCGACGACGAGUUCGACGAUUUCCUCGAUCAAGACGCGUCCUCUCCUCCCGCGUUCGACCCUCUUGUCGACCCGGCGGACGGUGGUCCCGCUCCGAACGACGAAGAUGACUUCUACGACGAUCGUACUGGCGUAGCUCCCAGUGCUGACGUUAUCAUUGGGGACUCUCUUGGUCUCUUUUCGUCAGAGGAGUCUCCAGAGUGGCCAGGCAUCGAGGGUUCGGCGAUGAACGUCGACGAGAGGUCUAGCUCGGCCCUCUCCUCUGCUCGUUCUGGUGGUGGCGCCUCGUCCUCGAACUCAAGCGACGAGGGAGACCUUUCUGACUCCCCUGAAUACUAA